CGGACUCAUACGGCAACCCAACGAUCGACAAAUCUAGGUGCAGAAACGGACAAGGACUCACAGUAAGCCAAAGCAAUUGGCGAGAGCUUUUUGAGGCCUUUCACGGGUUCCAUUCCAGCCUCUAUCAACAAACUUUUCAACUCUCUUACCAUUGACUGCGAGGAACAAAUUGCAAGAUAUGGGCUGUUUCAAUAGUAAACCCUCGCGUGGUAACGAAACAUCAGCCGCGAAUUAUGCAGGCACUGGAUAUGUAGCUGGGGAUGCAGGGGGAGGUCAUCAUGGUGGUGGAGGUCAUCAUACGUAUGGAGGGGAUGGAGGAGCUGGUGGAGGAGACGCUGGUGGAGGUGGGGGAGGUUGAGGUCAAUUGACUUCGAAGAGGUUUCACAGCUGUACACAACGUUUGGCCGGGGUUGAACCCCAAUUUUAUGUGAUCAGGAUAAGGAUCAGGAUAAAGAAAACGUUCUCAAGCAAUCUUCGAAAUUCCUUGUUGGUCAUUUUGACAAAAUCUCCAUUAUCAGAAUUCAAUUAGUCAUAUA